AUGUGGACUGUCCUGAGCAUUUUGCUAUUUCUUUGGGCUAUCGCCACAGUCUGGGGAUCCACUGUGGACUUCAUCAGGAGCGUGGCCAGGGAGUCUUCGCUGACGGUGCUGAUAAUCCGCUAUGACUACUGCCCAGACGCCUGGCUGCCUGAACUCUUCGCAUCAAGUUCCAUCCCAGUGGUGCUGCAGGCGGCCAGCAGUGCUCAGCCGCGGCCAGAGGAGUUUUCCCCUGCACUGCACGUUGUGUGCCUGCCCGGAGAUGGACUGUACGUGGAGGAGGUGGUGCAAGCUUUUGCCACAGCGUUGGAGGACAGACGCAGUGAGAAAUGUCUACUUUAUCUAUCGAAUAGAUCGGCCAAUUCCGAUGCAAUGAACCUGGUGCUGCGACGCUGCUACGAACUGAAAAUGCUGAACGUCGUCGGACUGAUGGCAGCCGAUGAGCGGAGCUUCUACUACCGCUACCUUCCGUAUCCCGAGUUCAGGGUAGAGCGGCGUUCGCUACAGUCGUCGCCCAUCUUCGAGCCUAACUUCCCCAACAUGCAUGGAGAGCCGCUGAUUGUAAUGCCAGACCAAUGGCAUCCACGCUCGGUCGUCUAUGUGGACAGACGCACGGGGAAAAAGGUUCUGGCUGGAUCUGUUGGCCGAUUUGUCCGCACCUUGGUCUGGAAACUGAACGCCACCCUGCAGUAUGCCCAGGCUGUCACCCCGGGUCGCUUUCUCAAUGCGAAUGCCCUGCGAGAACUUGUCAAGCGGUCGCCCAUCGAUCUGCCGGCCAGCAUGUCCCUGAUUAGCGAGGUGAAGCAAAUGCCUCACAUUAGCUAUCCCUUUGAGUUGACCCACAUGUGCCUGAUGAUUCCCGUGGCAAACGAGAUUCCUGUGCGGGACAUCUACCGGCUCCUGAGCAGCGCCGAAAACGUAUGCAUUGCUCUGGCCAUCGUGUAUGCCUAUGGCCUAGUGCUCACCUGCCAAAGACGUCUGCAUGAGCGGGAAGUGUACUUUGUGGACUUCCUGCUGAACGACAGAGCUCUGCGCGGAGUCCUGGGGCAGUCCUUCAAGCUGACUAACCAAGAGAGUGGCUCCUCGAGCAAGUGGAUCUGCCUUUUGCUGGGCAUUGUCGGCCUCAACAUCAGCUGCAUCUUCGGAGCGGCCCUGGAAACGAUGCUAGCCCAUCCGCCGAGGCAAUUCCAGCCCCGCAGCAUCGCUGAUGUCAGGCGUGCCCGCCUGCCCCUGGUCGCCAUCGAGGAAGAUCUGGAUUCUGUCGCGGAUCUUCAGUUACCCGUUCUGACCGUCAAUGCCAGCGAGUACAACCGGCUGCGGGAUGACGCGAACACCAGCUACGUCUACCUGGCCUCGCGCCUACACUGGACACAGUUCGAGAACCAGCAAAAGUACUUUUCGCGAGAGCUUUUCAUCUACUCCAAGGACGCCUGCCUGAUGUCGCUGGCUCUGCUGACCUUCGAGCUGCCCAAGAACUCCUGGUUUGCGGCGCCCAUCAGCAAACUCAUUCUGGAGGCGAGAGCCAACGGCAUCUAUCAGUAUUGGGUGGGGAUGCAUCACUACGACAUGUCUGUGGCCGGUGUCGCCAGCCUGCGGGAUCUCAGCUUGGACCAGACACCUCGUGAGGCUCAUCAAACAGGCAGUGCCCUGCGACUCAUUGAUCUGCAAUGGAUUUGGCUGGCAUAUGGACUUCUGACUCUGAUUUCCAUCCUGCUGUUCAUCCUCGAGAUCGGCUGGCAGCGAACCGCACUUCAAAGUAGUUGCAAACCCUUUUGUUCGGAAUAA